GUAAACCAGUUCCACAUGAGCGAACAACUUACAAGCAAGAAUACCACAUGUAUUCUGUCGUAGCUCAGGCACGUCAAAAAAGCAGCCUUUUUUCCUCCUCGCGCGAUAUUACAGUGGCCUCUCCGCUCCACGCUGACCUCUUAUCUUUCUCACGGAAAUAAGAGGCUAUUAAGUGUAUUAUGAGGUUACAAAAAUGCUACUUCACGAGUGUGGCAGCUCUCAUCCUGUUCCUCAUUGUGCCAUCUCACGGAAAGAAAGCUCAUUACAACAGAGGCUCGAAACAUAGCCAUUUAGAGAGAAUAAUAGAAAAAGAAGAUAUAUUACAUCCUGAUCAGAACAAAGAAAUACAUAACCACUUAGCCAAACAUGACGAUCAAGAUGAAUGCCAUAAAGCAGCGCUUCACAAAUGUGGCCAAACUUUUCUUAGGGCUCACAAGUUGUUAUCUUACUUAGAUGACGAUUUGGUAGCUUUUAGAACAAGAUGCGGCGUGAGAACGGCAUUCUUCGAAUGCUUGAAGACGACCCGAGAGAAAAUCUGCAGCCGACAGUACCGCCACCUGUUCAAGGUAGACGGGGAGUUCCGAAAGAAGCUCACCGACGCUCUGUGGUCCACGCGCGUCUGCGUGCUGGGACUCAAGAGCGUCAAGAAAUGAAGACGAUUGCCAAAACUUAUUUUAUGUUUGUGCGUCAUUUCUUUUUUGUUUGAAAUAAAGUGUUUUUUUUAUACAA